AUGUAAAAAAGCAAUAACUUAAAAGAUAAAAAAUUAAAAGACGAAGGCCUUUAAAAAUAAAAAUCAAAUCAAUUUUUCCAACAUAUUUUACGUAUACAUUCUCAUAGAUACUUUAGAAAAAUACUCUUUAUAAUCAUUUCUAUACACUUACUUACAUUCAUAUCUCCAUUUACAAGUCUAGCACUAGAAAUACCUGCAAUUAUAUACUAUAUAUUCAAACAGACAUAUGAUAUAUGGCCUUUUCCUACAUAUGCAGUUACAAGUAGUGAAAAUUAAAUCUAAAUAGCGAACUUAAUAUAUAAGAUUUUAGAAAUAGUGGUUUAAUUACUAUAUACAAUAGAUCUAUUACCUAAAAUAUUUAUUUGGAAAAAACCUUUAUGGUGGAAAUCUUUAAACGUAUUAGUAGUUACAUUGAUGGUUAUUUUAGUUCCUUUUACAAUUAGAGAAUAUUAGCUUUAUGGGUACAGUAUUGAAAGACUUAAGUUCAGAGUUUGUUCUAUAGGGCUUUCUUUUCUAUUAUUAUGUGAAAUCAUGUCAAUUAGAGAAUGGAAAACACUUAAAUUUGAAGAACUUAAAAAAAAUAAAAAAUAAUCUGAUUAAAAAUAAAACGAAAAACCUGAAUAUAAAAUAUACACAUGGCCUGAAAUAAUUCAACACGAUAAAAGAGAUGAUUGUUGGAUUGUAAUACAAGGUAAAGUAUAUGAUUUAUCAAAUUAUAUUUCCCAACAUCCAGGUGGUGAUAUAAUAUUAGAUGGAGCAGGUGGUGAAUGUACUUUAUGUGGUAUUCAUACCAUCCAACUUGGAUUAUCGAAAAAAAUUUACAAGAUGAUUUUUUGA